AUGAGCCUGGCCGGGGGCCGCGCGCCCCGCAAGACGGCGGGGAACCGGCUGUCGGGGCUGCUGGAGGCCGAGGAGGAGGACGAGUUCUACCAGACCACCUACGGCGGCUUCACCGAGGAAUCCGGGGAUGACGAGUACCAAGGGGACCAGUCCGACACGGAGGACGAGGUGGACUCGGACUUCGACAUCGACGAGGGGGACGAGCCAUCCAGUGACGGGGAAGCGGAGGAGCCGAGAAGAAAGCGCCGAAUCGUGACCAAGGCCUACAAGGAGCCUCUCAAGAGCCUGCGUCCUCGGAAGGUGACCAUCCCGGCGAUCAGCUCCCAGAAGGCCCGGGAGGAGAAGGCCUUGCUCCCGCUGGAACUGCAGGAGGAUGGCCCUGACGGUCGGAAGUCCAUGCGUCAGUCCACAGCUGAGCAUACUCGACAGACAUUCCUCCGUGUGCAGGAGAGGCAGGGCCAGUCGAGACGGCGGAAGGGCCCCCACUGCGAGCGACCCCUGACACAGGAGGAGCUGCUCCGGGAGGCCAAGAUCACAGAGGAACUCAACCUGCGUUCACUGGAGACGUACGAGCGGCUCGAGGCUGACAAGAAGAAGCAAGUUCACAAGAAACGCAAGUGCCCGGGACCCAUAAUCACUUACCAUUCAGUGACUGUUCCGCUUAUUGGGGAGCUGGGCCCCAAAGAAGAGAACGUGGAUGUCGAAGGACUUGACCCUGCUCCCGCGGCACCUGCAUCAGCCCCUCGCUCCGGGACCUUGUCGACCGUUCCUCCCGCUUGCUGCUCACGGACCUUUAUCACCUUUAGCGAUGACGCAACCUUUGAGGAAUGGUUUCCCCAGGGACGGCCCCCCAAGGUCCCAGUCCGGGAGGUCUGUCCCGUGACCCAUCGCCCCGCGCUGUACCGGGACCCAGUGACAGACAUCCCCUAUGCCACCGCUCGCGCCUUCAAGAUCAUCCGCGAGGCCUACAAGAAGUAUAUCACUGCCCACGGCCUGCCACCCGCUGCCUCUGCCUUGGGCCCCGGCCCUCCGCCUCCCGAACCCGUCCCUGGGUCUGGGCCCCGGGGCCUGCGCCAGAGAAUCGUCAUCAAAUGAGCAGAAGCAGGGUCCCCCGGAGACUCUUCCCUUUCCUCUUGUCUCUCCUUUGGGACCCAGAGUUUCACACACACACAUAGACAGACCCCUCUCUCUCUCCCGUGUCACCCAUGUCACCUUGCCCUGACCUCUUACCCCUUCUGUGUUUUCCCCCAACUUCUUGCUUGCUUGUUUGUGGUUUUUAACCUAAUAAAAUAGAAAAGU